GAGGCGUGCGAGCAGGUGUCCAGCCUGCCGCGAGAUAACCAGGCAGCCGUCCUGUCAGUUGUGGCCACGUAUCUGGAAGUGGUCAAGGAUGCCCUGAAGGAGAUGGAGCAGGCUCAGGUUGAAGGAGGUGAUCCCUACGGGGACAUCAUGGAGGAUGAGGAGCUGGGUUCUCGAGGCAAUCGGGAUACCUACUGGUCCGAGGCAGACCGGAAGCUGCUCAACCCCUGCAUGGGGCUGAUGAAGGCCUCCAAAGCCUGCCUGAAGAAGGUCUUGGGUGCAGUGAAGGCUCACGGCAAAGCAGACACACCGGAACAUGUCGCGCAGCUGGAUGACCUUGCAGACAUUGCCAACGAGAUCAGCCCCAGUGUGGACGAGCUGGCACUGAGCAUGUAUCCACCCAUGAACCAGCUGGCUGUGCGCCUCAAUGCGGCUAAACUGGCCUCUGUCCUGAAAAAGAUGCUAGAAAUUGCAAGGGCAAGCCAUGCAUGCCCCCCGUCAGAGGAGGGCUGGGUGCUGUUUCUGACUGGGGCAGUAGAUCACAACAUGAACAAAAUCAAGGACUUCACACAGGGUGAACUCUGAUGCCUGCGUCCCCACAUGCUGUGGUCAGGGUCUCAGGUGGAUCUGGCCAUUCCCUGCAGCAAAGGGAGUGGGAUGAGAGUGGGGCUUGGAGUGAGGAGCUUUUCCAACGGCGAAGAACUUUGCAAAAGCAAAGAUGGCUCGCUGACGUUCUCUAGCAGCUGCCAAAGCAAAGCUUAGACUCGGGACAAUGUGGAGUUGUAUAUGGAUGCUGCGGAUGGGUCUCGUCCCUGCUUGAUGUUCGGGCUAGCCGUGAAGGCAGAAAGAGCAAUAAAAUAUAACUGGGUUCAUG